UGGCCGUGGCGGACGCGUGUGCCCGCCCAGCCCGCGCUUCCCCCGGCGCCGUCGCAGCCCCCUGGACGGCCGCCGCAGCCAUGAACCCGUUAUUCGGCCCCAACCUCUUCCUCCUGCAGCAAGAGCAGCAGGGCUUGGCGGCGUCGGAGCCCGAGCACCAGCGUCAGUUCCCGGACCUUUUCUUCCUUCCCGGCGAGCCCCCGAGGGACUUCUUCGACGGGGAGCUGGCCCCGCCGGCCUCCCUCGCCGCCGGCUCUGCCUUCCCGGCCCCGCCGGCCGCCAUGGCGCUCCGCAACGACCUGGGCUCCAACAUCCACGUCCUCAAGACCCUCAACCUCCGCUUCCGAUGCUUCCUGGCCAAGGUGCACGAGCUGGAGCGCCGCAACCGGCAGCUGGAGAAGCAGCUGCAGCAGGCCCUCGAGGAAGGCGGCGCCCGUCGGGGCAGCCUGCAGCGCCGAGACCAAGCCGUGCAGACGGGCUUCGUGGGCCCCAUCCGCCCGCUGGGGCUCCCGCUGGCUGGGGGCGUCGGAGGCGGCGGCAGCAGCAGCUGCAGCAGCCCCCGCUCGGUGGGGCUGAGCACGCCGUCGAGGGUGCUGAGCUCGCCCAGCUGCCACCACCCGGGGGCCCCGCUCACGCCCACCUCGUCGCAGUCUCCGUCGCUGCCCGGCGGCACUUUCUCCUCGUCCUCUCGCUUCUUGCCGGGCACCAUCUGGUCCUUCUCGCAGGCUCGACGGCUGGGACCCGGCCUAGAGACCACCUUGGUGCAGGGGCCCGGGGUCUCCUGGGUGCACCCUGACGGCGUCGGAGUGCAGAUCGACACCAUCACCCCCGAGAUCCGGGCGCUCUACAACGUCCUGGCCAAGGUGAAGAGGGAGCGCGAUGAGUACAAGCGCAGGUGGGAAGAGGAAUAUACGUUGCGCGUUCAGCUGCAAGACCGAGUGACUGAGCUGCACGAGGAGGCCCAAGAAGCAGAAGCGUGUCAGGAAGAGCUGGCGAUGAAGGUGGAGCAGCUUAAAGCAGAGCUGGUCGUUUUCAAGGGGCUGAUGAGCAAUAAUCUUACCGAGCUGGAUACCAAAAUCCAAGAGAAAGCCAUGAAAGUGGACAUGGACAUCUGCCGGCGCAUAGACAUCACGGCUAAACUCUGCGACGUCGCCCAGCAGCGCAACUGCGAGGACAUGAUCAAAAUGUUUCAGAAUCAGUUGUCUCUGCACUUGUCUCCCAUUAAGGUCCCAGCCACGAUGGGGCGGAAGCGGGAGAGGAAGCUGGUCAGCGACGAAGACACCUCCCUCUCCGAGAGCGAGACUUCCAAAAAACUCGAGGAGGAGGAAGAGGAUGAGACCACAGCCAUGAGCAUCAACGAGGAGAUGCAGAGGAUGCUGAACCAGCUGAGGGAGUAUGACUUUGAAGAUGACUGCGACAGCCUCACCUGGGAGGAGACUGAAGAAACGCUGCUGCUGUGGGAGGAUUUCUCUGGCUAUGCUAUCGCUGCAGCUGAAGCACAGGGGGAGCAGCCGGACGACAGCUUGGAGAAAGUGAUCAAGGACACGGAGUCUCUCUUCAAAAGCAGGGAGAAGGAAUAUCAGGAAACCAUCGACCAAAUCGAGCUGGAGUUGGCCACAGCAAAGAACGACAUGAACCGGCACCUACACGAGUACAUGGAGAUGUGUAGCAUGAAGCGGGGCCUGGACGUGCAGAUGGAGACUUGCCGCCGCCUCAUCACCCAGUCGGGAGACAGACUUACAGGAGUUGUGUUUCGUGCCAUGUGUCUCUAGAAGGUGACGCAGUUCCGACAGGCGCAGUCGCCGUCGAAAGAGAGCUUCGGCCGGAGAAACAGAAGCAUCGCCGACCUGCUGGGCUUUUUGGCACUGGUUCAUGGGACAAUGAAUUCAGUGCAGCGCUGGGCUUGGGGAGGAUGUUCGUGCUGUGCCCCCCAUUCCCUCUCAACCCUGGGCUUGGCAAGGUUCCCAAGGAAGCUCCCUCCCGCCGCC